AUGGACGUCUACAAAGUCUCCGAAGUGGUCUGCAGGCUCUACAGCAGCGGUAACCGAUGUCCACGGCAGAAUCGCUUUGGCGGUUGCCCCUACGUUCACAACGCCAAUGACCGCCGAGAUGCAAUUGCUGCUAAGCGUGCUGCUCGGGAGCAGGCUGAAAAGGCAAAGAAGCUCGCUGCUGAGAAAAUUAAGCAGAAGGCUCAACGUAUCAAGCAACAGAAGGAGUAUAGCCAAUCGAAGGCGAGAAAGUCUUCCAAAGGUGUCAAAGCUCCUCAGACUGUCAAGACUGUCAACAGUGGCGUCAUCACUCCACCUGCUUCUAACGCUGGUGAUCUUACUUCCAAAGAAAGUGUCGUUCAGAAGAAUACGCUGCCUUUGUCUCCUCCACCAUCUCCCAUUCAUCCAGGCGCUGGAGGUUUCGGCCCUGGCAGUCACGAAUACCACAGCAAUGUCUCUAUCACUGAUGUCCAUACCGCCAACGUUUCCCCUACCGAGGCCUCUACCGUCACAAAUGGUGUUGCUCCUACCAAACAUGUCCACAACAAUAAUGCCAAUAUCCGUUUCGCCGACGCUCCCGUCACCGAAGUCUAUACCAUUGUAAACGGCGCAUGGCACACGAAGUACACUACAAGCAAGGAGAUAUGCAAGAAGCACCUGACCCGGCGUGGCUGCUCGUUUCCAAAGUGUCGCUACCUUCAUGACAUGAAGACUCGUAGAGAGUAUAUUUCUGCACUUGAUGAGGCAGCCGCUGAACGAAAGGCUCUCAAGAUCGAUUCCAAGAAGGUCAUGCCCGCUUCUCACGUCAAUCUUGGGACUUCCAACGAAUCCAAGGUUGAUGCAACUUAUGGUUCUAAUGGAGCCAACGGCGUUGUCAUUGCUGCAAAAGUUGUCCCACCGAGCAUUCCAUCUACUCGCUCACCGACUACUUUCUGGGGAACUGAGAGUGGCUUAGCUAUUUGGGCAAAGGACAACCUCCGGGAUCGUAACCAGGUCAAGCUCCUUAUUGCUUACCCUGGUCUUGACCAAGUCCCAGCAGAGAUCAUGAACAUUGUCAGGAGAUCAACCAACCCAGGCGAUGGACGUGUAUUUGAACUAUUCACCGCUCUACCAGGAGAGCUCCGGAACCAGAUUUGGGGUUAUGCUAUCACUGAUGCUCUCCUCGCAGGUCGCCAAGUCCACAUCCAACUUCAAUCAGAUGAGAACGAGAGCUUCGACAGAAUCACGACCAGAACCAACCCACCUAGUCUUCUGCAUGCCUGUUCGGACUCGCGGUCGCUUGCGAAGCUGGCCUACGAGGAAGCAUUUCCUCACCCAAACUCCCCAGAGUACUACUACGUCCCUUUCAACUUUGACCACGACGUACUCUACAUCCAUACUGGCGGUGUUGCUACGAAGUUGUUCAAGCUUGUUAGAUUGAUAGGAGGCAAGCACACCUGUGCGCGCGUCAACCACGUUAUUGUUUCCCUGAAAGAGUACCUUGGCGACCGCUCGUACAACAAGGAUUACUGGGGUCGUUACAUGUCCUACUUCCGCAACUUGAAGUCGCUCAAACUGAUGGUCGGUGAUGGAUUCGAAGAUCUUCGCUUCCACAAGAAAAGCUACUGUCACGGUGCAACACAUGCUCUCAAGCACCACCUCUUCAGGCGCUACGGCAAGAAUCCUGACACAACACAACCAUCGGUCGCCGAUAUGGCACCAAAAGUUACGUUCGAGGUUGUUCCUGCCAUAACUGCUCAUGAACUGUGUAUUGACAGUUUGAUCUACAUGGGCGAAGGAGGAUGGGGAACCGAUAAUCGUGGCUGGUAG